GAAGAGAGGGUAGCCACCUCUAGCAAAGUUAAUACUUGCAAUAUGGAUUAUGUUUUGGUCCUUGUAUGUAGUGCAGUAACAAGUGACUUCCGGAAAAUAAAAGGGGGGCCAAACCCCAUAUAUGAGGUAUAUUUUGUGUCCAUACAACACACUGCUGUACUGCUUUUCCGGCGCAAAUGGAAGAGGGGUCAAGGGGGGUGAAGCUCUUCCGUUAGGUAGGUUACGUAAAGUUAGGUUUGGUUAGUUUAAAUUUAUUCAGCACGCAGUGUGGGGCGGCGGAAAAGUAUGCAGCGCAGGACGGGAUAUGGCGGCGGCGAUCCAGCCAGUGUUGCGAGAAAUACCUCCUCACAGAAAUAAGUUGUCGGAUGCUGUGCACUGCUUUGCUGGUCAGAGAAAAAGCUGUCUGCCACCCCUUCUUGGUGUUUGUUUACUUAAUGAGUAACCUUAAGAAUGAAUUUUGAGUUGUGGACCUGACCAGUGGAUGCACCAAGCACACAGAGAUGUCACUACUGAGUGGGAGCCAGCAGGGGUCCGCUGAGGCCUCUGUGGCACCGAUCAGUCUCAUCCGCAUGGGUUCUGAGGCAGAGAUGAAGUCAGGGCUGGUUUCAAACUUUGAAAGAGUCCUUGUGUAUGAGAGCCCAUCACUGCAGGAAAAGGCAAGGCAGCAAAUACCCAAACAAAAGCUCAAUGGCCAGGCAAGAAUCAGAUUGGCCUCAGUGAAUAAAGGGAUCAGUGAGAAGGAAAAGCCUCUGGACCUUCAGGACUGCCUGCUGAUGGAGUUACUGGAGUGGUUCAAGGGCAGCUUCUUCACCUGGUUUGACAGCCCAGCGUGUCCAGUGUGUCACAACAAAAUGAAGAUGGUGGGAAGUCUUCCGCCCACCCAGGAUGACCUGCUGUGGGGCGGAAGCAGAGUUGAAGGGUUCGCCUGCAGUAGCUGCAACACGUCAGAACGUUUUGUGCGCUACAACCAUCCCGGCAAACUGCUGGAAACAAAGCGUGGCCGCUGUGGCGAGUGGGCCAACUGCUUUGGCCUGUUGUGUCGUGCUCUGGGCAUGGAUGUAAGAUAUGUUCUCGACUACACCGACCACGUAUGGAAUGAAGUUUACUCCCAGUCGCAGGGGCGGUGGCUGCACGCUGACUGUUGUGAGAACAAGCUGGACUCGCCGCUGAUGUAUGAACAUGGUUGGGGCAAGAAGCUGACUUACAUCUUUGCCUUCUCCAAGGACGAGGUGGUUGACGUAACAUGGAGGUACACCAGUGAUCAGAAGGAGGUGCUGAAGAGACGUAACAAGUGUCAGGAGAAGUGGCUGGUGUCCACACUGAUGCAGUUGAACAAGCAGCGACAGGACACCUUCCCUACCCUACGGAAAAGCUUCCUGGAGAUGCGUCUUGUGGCUGAGGUCGUGGAGCUGCUUGCAGGAAACCGCUCCAUAAAAGAAUCGGAGAAGGAAGGCAGGUCAUCAGGUUCGCUGGAGUGGAGGCUGUCAAGAGGGGAGACGCAGGCGACCAAUGCUUUCACUUUCCGUCUUAACUCGAAGGAGGAGGAGAAGAAGGAGUUUAUCGUCAAAUACUCAUCCGCCCAAGACCAAUAUGUUAGACUCAAUGCUGAAGAGCCAAUUCCCAAGGGCUGGCAGUCUGCGGUGAAGACGGCCAUAAACCUUCGCCGGAAACACGAGACCGACUGGAAGAUGGUUUAUUUGAGCCGAACAGAGGGGUCAAGUGAAGCAGAGAUCAGCUGGGAGAUAAACUGGUCACACACACAGCUAAAGGUCAAGUCAGCUAUCGUGGUAUUCCAACACGCGACUUUCGAAGAUGGGCGUAUUGUGUGGCAGGUGUGCACUGGUGACGCGUGUAUUAAUGGACCCAAAGAAGGGGUGCUGGAGCUCCCUGACGACAUUCUGCAGCUUGGAAGCAAGAAGCUGGAGGUGUCGGCCGUGCUCUCCCAAGGCAAAGGGAGUGUAGCGUGGCAACACACACAGCUUUUCCGCCAGCCUGACUCUUCCACCGAGUUCCCCUUCUAUGUUCGCCUCAGGUUCGAGUAGCAGAGCCCCGUGGAAUUCUGGAGUAGUGGAGUAUUAUGUGGUGAUGAAGGUACUACUGGUGGUUCAGAGUUAUAUUUAUUAGAGGAAAAUGAUUCACCAGGAUUUAGGAUAUUGUGUGAGAUUCUUAACUACAGGAGGUCCCCUGGUUACAAACGUCCUGGUUUCUUUGUGUUUAAAUGGACUGCAGUAAAGUCAGUUAUUUAAAGUCCAAGUUAAGAGGCUGGUUUGUUGUUAUUGGAUUUCAACUUGGAUUUUUCCUUAGGGGUCUCAAACCUAUAGAGAUUUUGUAUUGGGGUUCCAAGUUAAAACUGGAGUGCCCCAAGUUAGGUUCCCUUGUAUAAUUUUGAGUCAAACCCAUUAGCUUCUGUUUUUGUAAACUGUUUGGAGAUUAUUAACUCUCUUGUUUAUGCACUGACUAUUUGCCCAGUGGUCCAGGACUACUUCAAGUCAGGAAAAGGCACUUCUGUGAAUUACGUGCGUCAGGAUGGCAGAAUGCAUUCUUCAUUUUUGAAUUUGUACUUAAUGCACAAACAGGACACACCGUGCCAUCAUAAUGUCUUUUCGCAAUGGGAAUUUUAUCCUGCCACUCAUUCCAGCCAACAUCUGUACUUGGGGGUUACAAGAUUAACACUUUUAGCACUUGAUGAGGAACUAGGAUUUUCCUCAGACCAAGAAAGUCUUCUGUCAUCUGUCUUUCUUCCAGUCUUAGUUUGAUUCAUCAUUUUUAUUCCCUAAAACUUCAUGAAUUUGACAUUUUGACAUCCUUCCAAUCACUUGCUGAUCGGGAUCUCUAGAGACAAUGUAAUAAACAAUCUCAGCUUCUCAGUAUGCUUGUUCCAUACACACCACACACACAACAAUCCUGCUGGCCUAACCAAGCAUAACAGCCUUGCCAUCAUCUGAGUAUCCCAUUGAUGUCAUCUUUGUAUGUAUUUGGUAGUUUCUGCACAGAUACUGGCAUCAUUCUGUUCUCCAGAAUAAUCACUCUUGAGCCAGUCAUGUGUCUGCAAGAGGAUGAGUGUAGAGGCCUGAUGCUGAACAGACCAUGUUCCAUAAACAAGCAGUGCCAUCCUAGGCCACCAAGACAACUAUCAAGUUGGGUCAGUGCAGCCAAUGAUAACUUACCUGGUUUUGCUUUAAUACCUAAUUAAUUACAACCUUUGUUAGUAGGAAGUCUAAAAACAACAUCGGUUCAUAUGUAAAUAAGUUAUGCCCAUGAUUGCCAUGCAUCAUAAGUUAUCAGUGACUUUUUGGAAUCAACUUGAAGAGAUUUUAUAAAAAAAUGUUUUCACCUGACUUUUUUUUAUAUUGGACUGUUUCUACUGUCUAGUGUCAAAGGUCUAUGUUGUAUUGAUGAAUAUUGCUUCUUUAUGAAGGCCUUGUGCCUGUUUUAGUUUGAUUGAUUCAUAGGUAUUUUGGUAAGUGGUUAUAUUGACUCGAGCUGAAAUGUGUCUGUCCCAAAACUACAGCAAGAAUUGAGGUGUUAUUUGUUUUGUUGAGGAUGAUAACUCAAGAUAGGAGGACAACACAAACUGUUACAACUCCCCGUGGCAUUCAUUUAUCGUAUAGCAGCCUGGUGCAUGUUUGGGCUAACGGAAGCACAACCAGUCCCAUCAACCGUUGUGUGGAGCACCAAGGCUUCCUUAAUACGACACGGUGCAGUGGUCACAGCAACAAUGCUGAUGGAAAUCAGCUGCUUUAACCAAAGAUAUAAGGGAGCAGGAAGACCUUAUUUUCAUUGUGCCUUUCCUGGAUACUAACUUUGGGUUAUGGGCCAAUGGUAACUAAGGGUUAAGUGUCUUCUUUAACCCUCUCGCGCACGAUGACGCGUUUCGCGUCAUCAAAGGUAAAAGGUCCUGGCGCACGAUGACACGAAACGCGUCAUAAAAGUAAAAAAAUUGAUUAAAAAUUAAGUUUUCGGUGGAAGUGCGUCAAAUUUGGAGUGUCAUUAAUUGGGAUAAGUUUCUUAAUGCUAACAUAUGGCAACCUUUCUAAGGAGCGUAAAUGAGGAGCGUGGAGCGAUUUUUAGUUGUUAGCCUACUCUGACGGGAGAGGAAAAAAUACAGUUUUCUUGGUGUAACUCAGGAACUAAUAGGCGUAUGAAGAUUUUGAGGAUACCAUAAGAAUCCUCACUAAAUUCCGCUUGGAAACAUAUAUUCGGCUUAAAAAAGUUGGCCCACAAAAUUUCGAGAUAGCAAGUGAGGAAGAGUUGGUACUUAGGAUUUAUUGUCUACAAUACUCUAUACGGAGACUUGAAACGAGUUUCGAUUGUUUAUAUAUAUUUUUUCCUCUAUUUUUAUUUGCGCAUGUUCUAGUACAAGUCUUUAUGAAGCCAUUGAUACCAAAUUUAUUGGGGUACGAUAUAUCUGUGAGGGUAAAAUACGUACGGGAAUAUAGAGUUUCGUGGCAGCAAAAAAAGGCUGGUCGGGCCUGAGAGAUGCAUGGUGAGUGGAAGAGAAACUUACUGGAAACUUACUGUGCGCGAGAGGGUUAAUAGCAGAGGGCAGGUGAGAGCCCUCCAUCAGCAGUUGAGUGAACUGAUAUGAAAUCAGGUCUUGCCAAAUUUACAGGAGGUGUCCUGAUUGGCACAUGAUGGAUGUACAUGAUGGAUGCAUUCAGUGCAUCAUUGACAGUAAAGCAGGAAUUAAUGAUUCAACAGUAAAUGGCUUGGAGAUGGAUUUAUUCUUUACUUUCACUUGGGAGUGGCUUGAUGAAAAGGGGAGAAGGUAGGCCUGAUGGUCCCAGCUUGAAAAACUGUUAGAUAAUAAAACAUGCAUCCUCAGAACACAGACAGUAAUUACUUGUACUUUACUUGUGAUCUCAGGUUAUCGCAAGCCUGUAGCAACAAGUCAGUGCACCACUCACUUUGGUUGAUCAAAAGUUGCAUUGCUGCCCAUUCAAGCAUGUAAGCAUAAAAGUUUGACGUGCUCUCUUUUAAAUUCCAUAAGUGUUUAGGGCUAUAUCAUGGGUUGCAAGGAUAGAUGUGGUAUUUAUUAUAAAUUUUAUGUGUGUUUUGACUUUAGACAAAUCUGACUUAUGUUCUGUCAGAAGAAUGUAAGCUGUUUGUGACCCGGGGACUGACUGUAGGCCUCCUGUGCUGAGGAGUUAGUAGAGUUAUUCUGUGCCAUGAGUGAUGAUUGGUUUGCUAGUUCCUUCAGAAUACCUCAAACCAUGAGUUGAGAGCCUCAUAGUGUGUGUGUUUGUGGGUGUGUGCGACUGUGCGUGUGUGCGUAUGUGCAUGGGACGAAUUGUAGGUGGCUAUAGAUGUUUUUUUCUUUUAUGAAAGAAUGGAGUUGUACAGUCAGAGCAAGGAAAGAAGCUUGACAUUUAAGCAUCAAAACAAACAGUGCAAUCAGAGCUAUAGAUAGAUGAAUAAAUGGAUAGAUAGACAGAUAGAUAGAUGGAUAGAUAGACAGACAAAUAGAGCUAUAUGUGUUGAAAAAUGAUUUGCAGUAGCUAUGUCAGAGACACUAUAGAGAAGCAGCAGAGUAUGUGAGACAGUACCAAAGCAAGCUGGCAAGGGCCACGUCCAUAACUGAUCCGUACAACCGGUGCUUCAGUGCUGACAAAUUAUUUAAUAAACACUGAUUAAUUGCAGGAUAGUGAGCAAUCCGAACCAUUAGAGAACAUAGACCUCAGCAAGGGUUAUGUGCACAGGUCUGCCAGUCCGCUCAUAUCUUGGGCCAAGGCAGCAUCACACAGUGGUUCUCAGGAAUGCUAUAGUGCAAGGACUACAACUUGUAUUUUCUGUCUAGUGUAAAGUAAUUUUCUUGGAGCAAUUUGGGCUUUGGAAAAAUCAGAAAUAUGAUUCCAGUGUCAAAAACUGGUCACCCAAUCAUCUUUACUCUGUGAGGGCCAAAAGCAGUGCUCACCCUUUGGCUCCAUCCCUUUACCUCUAGUCUGUCUUACCAUGACAGUGUGAAGUGGGCUGCUGUAUCAUUUUUGUUUUAAUUAUCAGUCAUUGUACCAUGUUAAUUAUCAACUUGUAGAUCUGAUUGCUUUUUUUCUGGUGAGCAGAAUCAUAUCAAAAGCAUGUGUCAUGACAGCCUAAAAGAAAGACAACAAAUAUGUUUGCCAUAUUUCUAGCAUGAUUUCUUAUCAGAGUUGCUGGAAUGGACUGUCACUGUAGUAUGCAUAAUAAUUUUCUGUAACAGUAAUGCUUUUAAAAUGUUGCCCAAAUUAAUACACUAAUGCUUUUCGGAGACCCAUUGUGUGGUGCUGUCAUGCAGACCCAAGCUGCAAGCUGGCCAGUAGAGCUGUCUUCAUAGGUCUUGGGCAUCAGAACAUUAUAUCUUUUGUGACACCAAAAAGAUUACUGUAUAUUCAUAAUAAAUGUGAAAAAAUACUAA